AUGAAGUCAAAUCCAGGGCUGCAUAAAUUGGAUGCGAAUUAUUCUGGGUCAAAUGGAGGUUCUUCUUGCUUGAAUAUCUACGAGCUCUAUCAAAUCGAACAGUAUGAAGGACAGGAAUUAUUCGAGUUCGAGCAAUAUGUCAAGAUCAUUCAGUUUGCUGGAGCUGUGCGCUCUGGAACUCAUCCUAGAGUUAAAACUCUUCCUCAACCUGACACCCCAGCAUAUGAUACGCUCACGGCACUCAAAACUCCUAGACAUGAAGAUACCGACUCGGUGAAGAUCGGGCUUGUGGAGGCCGAUACUGCGAAUGAUUUGAAUCCCACGCAAGGAAAAUUCAGCCCCUACAGGCGAUUCCUUCCGAGAAAUUUCUACAUCGAUAGAAAUCACUUCACGGGGAUUGAGUCAAACGUUGGUGGUAGCACAAAACGCGCGGCUGGUACUUCAGUUGAGAUUGUUGGAGUGGAAAGAAUUGCAGAAUUUAGCUGGAUGUUGGCUAUCACACCUAUUGAGAAAGUCGAGGAUAUCUCUCAAAGAAAUCAACUGGUUACAGGUAACUCCAUUCCUGAAUUAGUGUCGCAAGCAUUUUUCAUUAUCGGUUCAUCGCAAGAGCUAAGUGCUACAAACCCGGAUCACGUUGAAGGGCAGCGCCAAGCUACCCAAGAUCAAGCAACUCAAAAGCUACGCGAGCAGAAAAUUGACAUCGAGAAGCAAAUUGAUGCACAUCGCGCUGCUGUGCAAUGUGUAGCUAUGCAACGUGCAGCAGUUCAAAGAUCUUUGGGCCCGGAUAAAGCUCCUCCAACCAGUCCUCGGAUUCCAUUGAGUAUGGCUCCCCGCGUGAUGACAAGACCAUUCUUAAAUACCUCGGCCGCUACCUCACUACUAAAUUCACGUUUGCAGACUGGAUUGAACGUGUGUUCUCCUCUAGUGCUCGGUGAACUUGUUAAAGCUCGGGGAUCUGCUUUGCAGCUGCUAGGAAGCAGCAAGCAGAGCCUAGCAAAGAAGAAGCAGAGGGUUGGAGACAAGGAAGACAAAGAUUAUUGCGGAAAAAAAGAGAGGGGAAGCACAAGUGAGGUUUGGAGUAGUAGAAGUAAUAGUGCGAAAGGAAAUGGUGGUGAAGACGAGGGUGAAAGAGUAAUUGAGUGUGAAGGAAAAGUGAAAGAAGACGGGACAGAGAUUGGUGGUUUCAGGGAGAAUUUCGAGUUAUUAAAGAUUGAUAGAGGCAUAGACUUGGGUAGAGGUGAGGCGGAGAUAAAUUUCAAGGGGAAAAAUGGUGGGAAGAAGCGCAAGAGGAAUUCUCUAUGUCUUACCAAAGCCAAGAGCGCAACAUAG